AUGACCAUCACGUACACCGACCAGGUCGCCACGUGCCGUGGUCUGGGAUGUUUUUGGAAAUUACUUUUUCGUUGGAAAGGCAGCAUUUACAAACUGCUGUGGCCCAAUCUGAUAUUGUUCACGAUAUGUUAUUUUUCGUUAAGUUUUACAUACAGAAUAGUGCUAACAAAAUCGCAGAGAGAUCUAUUCGAAAAAAUAUCGCUGCACUGUCAGAUGUACACCAAUCUAAUACCUGUGUCGUUUGUAUUGGGAUUUUACGUUGCAGUUGUCGUUGGGCGAUGGUGGAAUCAGUACUUAAGCAUACCUUAUCCGGAUUCGCUGGCUUUGUACGUCAGUACGUUAAUCAUUGGGCAAAACGAUCGCUCUCGGCUAAUAAGAAGGACAAUAAUGAGAUAUGCCAACCUGUCUAUACUUAUGACGUUGACGAUGAUAUGUCCGACCGUAAAAAAGAGAUUCCCGACAAUGAAUCAUUUGGUGGAGUCGGGUUUCUUAAUGGAAGACGAAAAGGCACUACUCGAGUCAAUGAAUAGCAAAACUAGUCACCCGAAUUAUUGGAUGCCACUAGUGUGGGCCGCUACAAUCGUGUCACAAGCCAAAAACGAGGGAUAUAUCACAAAUGAACAUUCAAUAAUAACAUUAGUUGAUGAGAUAAACAAGAUAAAAUCAAACUGUGGCAGCCUGCUAAGCUACGAUUGGAUUAGUGUGCCACUAGUUUACACGCAAGUAACGACAUUAGCCGUGUAUGUUUACUUUAUUGGUUCAUUAAUGGGAAAUCAGUAUUUGGAUCCACGCAAAGGGUAUCCGACACAUCCAAUUGAUUUGGUCGUUCCAAUAUUCACGUUCUUGCAAUUUUUCUUCUAUAUGGGCUGGUUAAUGGUAGCGGAAACUUUGGUGAACCCGUUUGGCGAAGACGACGACGACUUUGAUGUGAAUUGGCUCGUUGAUAGAAACUUACAGGUAUCGUAUGUAAUUGUAGACGAAAUGCAUCAAGAGUAUCCGAAGAUGAUAAAAGAUCAAUAUUGGAACGAAAUAUUCCCAUCGGAAUUGCCGUAUACAGAGGAAACUAAACACCUUCAGACAACUCCGUUUCUAGGGUCGGCUCAGGCCAUUGUAGCACGAACAAAUUACAAUGAAAAAAAACCUAUAGUUAUCAGCUACGAUAAGACAAUGAUUAAUGUACAAGAGACAGAACAUAAACCAAAAAUCUUAACCGAAGUAUCCAACACGAUGACUAAGAUGGCAAAGGAAUAUCAUAAAAACGCUUACAUCCGUGAUGAUUAUUACAAUCAUUUUUCAGACAUAGAAGAAAUCAACCGGGAAAAACAUGUAAAUGAUUUUGGAGAAUCAUUAGUUUCGUUGACGGAUUACAGUCGUUCACAACAAUUACCGAGCACGUCUACUCAAACUCAAUAUAUCUUGAGGUCUAAGGCAUAUUCAGCGAGCAGUUGCAGUGGUAGUAGUGAUGACAGUGAUCGGGAAUAUAAAAUAUAAUUAUUAUUUAUUAUUAUGGAUAUAAUAAUAAUAUUAUACCGCAGAACACAGCCAUUUCUGUAUCUAUUAUAUUAUUAGGUAAUAUUUAAUAUGUUUAUAAACUCUGAUGAAAAUUUUCUCAGGUUCUUCGUAAUAAAAUAUAUCACAGACUGCAGUCUUGGCUUCUACUACAAGCUGGUUAUAUUUAAUUAGAUUAAUUUUUUAAUUUUUUUAAUGUAUUUAUCUGCUUGUAUCUUUAAGAUACAGUGAUAACAGAUUUUUAAUUUUAUUAUUUACACAAUAAUAUAAUUUACCUAAUAAAAAAAAUGUUGACGACAUAUAAAAUAGUGUAUUGUGUGUGUAAAGCUUAUUACACUUACACAUAACUAUUAUGCGAUACGAACAUAUAAUUUUACAAACUAUAAAAUAUAUGUAAAAUAAUUCAUAUAAAAUAAUAAAUUGCAUUUAAUUUCAAAAAAAAAAACUUGAAAACGUACCAACGCG